AUGUUGAUCAUGUACUUGUUUAUUCUAAUUGUCAAUGUAUUAUUUUAUUAUAAUAAUGUAGUAUAUUUACAAAAUUGAUAACAAAGAAUCGGCAACUAUAUCUAUGUUUUUAGCUGUAAGUCUUGGAGAAAAAUUUACUAGUUUAACUUUAUCAUUUUAAUCUUUUUAUUCAAAUAAUGUAUAUUUUGAAAGAUGCUUAUCAUUAAUAAAGAAUAUUGCUAAAGAAGAUUUAUCAAAUUAAUAAUAUAGUGAUUAUGAAAAUCCUAUGGAUAUUAAAGAUGAUCAUAUUUAAUUAAGUAGUCAUGAAAACUAAAAAAAUUAAAUUGAAAUGAUAACCAUAAAAUCUGUAGAUAAUAAUUAAGAAUUUAAAGAACAAUUUAUUCUUGAAUUAAAUAAUGUUUCACUAUAAUACAAAAAUGCAAAUGUUUUAACAGAUAUUUCAUUCAAAUUAAAAUAAAGAUAAAAGGUAAAAUCAUAUAUAUUAUAAUUCAAAGAUAGCAAUCCUUGGUAGAACUGGAGCAGGCAAGACCAGUCUUAUCCAUUGUAUCACAAGAUUAGUUGAACCUUCUUAAGGAUCCCUAAAAGUAUUUGAAUAAGACAUUAGAAAUACAAAUAUAAACAGAAUUAGGUCAUUAUUUUCUGUUGUCUCUUAAGAUCCUUUUGUAUUUGAGGGAUCGAUUAAGUAAAAUAUUGAUCCAAAUAACUUUUACAAUCCAAUCGAAAUCAUCAGAAUCUUAACGAAAUAUGGAUUAUCUUAAGUGAAAUUAUUAGAAAAUUUAUAAUACAGAGUUUUACCUCAUGGUUCUAAUCUUUCAUUAGGAGAAAAACAAUUACUUGUUUUAUGUCGAACAUUAUUAUAAAAAAGAAAUAUUGUGAUUUUAGAUGAAUGUACUGGAAAUCUUGACAAUUAAUAUUGUUAAUAAAUUAAUCUAACUCUUGAUUUAUUUAUGAAAGUAUUAUUCAUUUUUAUUAUUGGUAGGAUAAAACUGUAAUUGCAAUCACGCAUAAAUUAGAAUUAUUGGAUAUGUUUGAUCAAAUUAUGAUUAUAGAUAAGGGGAAAAUAGUAGCAUUUGGUUCAAAAUAAGAAGUUAUGAAUUUGUAUUUAAAUUAGAAGGUUGAUUGA